AUGAGUAUAUUUUUGUUUUUAAAAUACCAGUUGCUAAGGUAAGGAGAGGGAACAUUUUCUGAUGUUCUGGAGAAACUGAGUCUUAGGGAAGGAAAGUACUAUGCAAGUAAGCACAUGAAGCAACAUUUUGAAAGUGCAGAACAAGUGAAUAAUCUGAGAUAAAUACAAGCACUUAGGCGGCUGAGUCUACGUCCUACUAUCUUAUGUUUACAUAAAGUUGUUUUUGAUGAAAAUCCUGGCUCCCUUUCACUGGUACGUGAAUUUAUGGCCAUGAAUAUUUAUGAGCUGAUAAAAGGUAUGUAGCAUCUGCUUAAGAAACACAAAGUCUCCUUGUACAUGGAAGAGAUAUGGAAGUCUCUAGAUUGCAUACAUAGAAAUGUGAUCUUUCAGAGAGAUGAGCAACAAGAAAACAUAAUAAUAAAGGAAAUUAAUUCUAACACCCUGAAGUUAAGAGAUUUUGGAUCUUGUAGGAGUAUCUAUUCUCAGCAGGCACACAGUACUUCCCCACGCUGGUACUGAGCACCUGAAUGUUUGCUUACAAAUGGGCUCUAGAGUUACAAAAUUGGCAUGUGGAGUCCUGGCUGUGUUUUCUAUGAAAUCACAGGUUUCCAGCCUCUUUUUGGAUCUAAUGAGCUGGACCACAUUUCAAAAAUCCAUGAAGUGAUAGGCACUUCUGGUAACAAAACUCCAGAAGUUCAAGCAAAGAUGGUAUUAUUAUCACGCACUGUACUGAGGAUCAACGUGACAUUUGUAAGAAGAUUCUUGAAAAUGUGAAAAUAAUCUCAAGCAAACUUUCAGAAUCUCAACAGCAAGAAUGGAAAAACAUCUCAGCCCUGGCAAGAAUUUUUAUAGAAUAAGACUAAAGCACUUGAACAAGGCUCUGCAGGGAAACCUCUACUGCUGUUACUUGCACUAGGUGUGCUAAAAGAAGAGAAGAUUUCUCUUAGUAGGACUGAACAAAUACAUGACCCAAGUUUUAGUGGAGGAAGUGCUUUCUACCAGUAGAGUGAGAACACUCUAACAAAGGGAAACAGCAGAACACAUUGGUACAGCUAACUACUUCUUGUCAUUUUAGUGAACCUCCUGCUGCAUGGAUGCUGCUUUCCUCCAGUUCCAAGCAAAGAGUGUUCUCCUGAACAUAGUAUCUCAAAGUGCAGUGAAGGUAUGCAAAACCACAGUGACUGGCUGAGUUUUCCUGUUCUAUUUCAGUUAAUCAUCUCCCCACGUCUGUAUGCUUUCAUGUUAGCAGCUCUUACUGACAGAACUUCAACAAGGCAGUACAGUAUUUGUCUGAAUACAUAACAUAGGGGUUUUUUUUAUAGACAGACAGACAAAGAUAUGUGAAAGGUGUGAUGCUACACUUAGAAAAUGAAAUUAAGGACUGCAGGUCUAUAGGCAGGCAAUGCCAUGCAACAGUAACCUCCAAGUUCUUACCUUUGGAACACUAAGCAAACAGUCCCAUCAGCUUAUCCAGUGCUUUUUGCAGAGAGGAAGAUGGUGAGUUGCUUAGUGCUGAUAUAUUUAGAGUUGAGCAUAAUGAGUAGCAUUAAAAUUGAUGGUCUAAAAAUAGGUAACUAACUGGAUCCAUGGGAGCUUACUCUCCACUGUUUAUUUCUUACCAAAAAAGAAGACAAAUCCUACUACCCACAUUUGAUGGAUUGUUCUGACUCAGAUCUCUUGCCUAGCACUGUACAGGAGGUCAAAGCUCAGAUUAUCAAAACUAUAUUUCUGAUGAGAUACAUUAAUUGUAUUGGUUGCUUCCUGUAAUCUGUUUCUGGAAGCCUCAAACCACAGAUGCUGAAGUUUAAGUAUUUUGACUAAAAAAUAUAAAAUUCCAUUAAACUAUGUUUUCACAAGGUACCUCUCUGAUUUCAAAAGUGUUACUGCCACUGUUUGCUUCCCUAAGUAAUAUAUCAGGUAGGUGUAUUCAUAUACCAGGAAAAAUAUGAAGUCAGAAUUUUUGUAAGUUUUAACCAGGAGAGAAAAGGCUGCCAGAAUAACAUCUUGUGUAUUAUCACAUUCUCUGUAUCUGGGGCAGUCAGUUAUAAUGAGAAUGGCAAUUUCAUGUUCAAGAGAUCAUUUUUGUUGUAAAAUUGCAAAUUCAAAGUGAAGAACCACAUUAGAUUCUUCUUCCAUUUUUUUUAUGCUUUCAGGUGGAUCUUACUCAGUUUGGCACAUACAGUACCUCAAGAAUAUUUAUUUCCUAACAAGUUCUUUGCUGUUAGACCUCUGUAGACAACUUACACUUCUCUGGCUGUUGGAUGAAUAGGCAAACUUGAGUUUUUCCACCUGCUUUAUAGUUAAAAUACACCCAAUUUAAACUAUGAACUGGCAAAUAUAGUUCCUAAAGUUCCAUACUGAGAUGAUCUGUGUUCUGCUCACUUUUAAUUAUUUUUUUAAUGUAGUAGGAAAAAUAUUUUUAUUAAAAGCUGUAUCUACAGUAGAGGUCUUAAGUUCCUUCCAGGUAAGUUAUUAGUAUACUGUUUCUUACUAAAAGAAUUUUUUUUCCAUAUGGAAUAGAGUGUGGUGUGGGCAGUUCAAGCUUCUAGAUGACUGCCCUAAUAGUAAAGAAGAAGCUGAAAAAAGAAAACACACACACAUUCCUUGUGUGCUGCUGGACUAUGGUUUGUGGCAGGGACAUACUCUGCCAACACGGAUGUGAGUAGCUGCUGUUGUUCCCCUGAUGUUGGAUAUUGAAAUUCUUUCCCCACUGGUUUUGUAUUUUUCUGGCUAAAGGAAAAAAUUCUUUUAAAGUUAUUGCAUAUUUUCUCAACUGUUUCAUUUUGACUGAGACCAUAUGAAGCACUUACACAGAAGAAGUCUACGGGGAGAUAACUACACUAGUUUUCAGUGAUGAGGUUUAUCUGUAUUUUAACAGUUAAACCCACUAUGUUAAUAAAACAACUUCUGAAAAACAA